AUGUCCCACUUCGUAACGCAACGUUCUCUAUACGAAGUCCGCGAACGGCCGUCGAAAACCUAUUCUUGGCAGGUCUUUAUCACUAGCAAUGUCAUCGUUGAACUUCCAUGGAACACCCUCGCCGCUGCACUGAUUUUCUUCUGCUUCUACUACCCUAUCGGGAUGUACAAGGAUGUAGUCGCAGCUGAUCAAACGACUGAGAGAGGUGGACUCUUCUUCCUCUUCAUCUGGGUCUUCCUCAUGUUUACCUCGACUUUCACUGAUCUCGUGAUCGCCGGGAUUGAAACUGCCGAGGAAGGCGGUAAUAUCGCUAACAUGCUCUUUUCUAUGUGUCUGAUCUUCUGCGGUGUACUUGCGAGUCCUAAACGCCCUACCGGGCUUCUGGAUCUGGACGUAUCUACUUGUGGGGAAUAUUUGAAAGACUAUAUCUCGACAUCCGGUGGAUACUUGCUGAACCCUGAAGCGGCUGCAGAUUGUCAAUUUUGCUCCAUUAGAGAUACAAAUUCUUUGCUUGCGGGGAUUAAUUUGAGUUAUGACUUGCGGUGGAGGAAUUUCGGCAUCAUUUGGGCGUUUAUCGUUUUCAAUGUGUGUGGAGCAUUUUUGAUGUACUGGUGGGUUCGCGUCCCAAAGCCGAAAGGGGAGGAGCAGGAUGCGCCAAUUGUCCCAGCUACUAGUAGCGACGCAUAA